AUGAAUAAUUUUAUUUUUGUAUUCAGUUUAUUUGCUAUUUUUCUUACUGUAAAUGCAGUUCCAUUUCAACUUAAUAAAAGAGCUACCACCUUCAACCCUUGUUCCAAUAAUGACCCACUUACUGUAGCAAUGCAGCCUGACCCUCCUGUUAGUAAUGAAAACACUCAAUUUACUGCAUCAGGAAAAUUAACAAAUGAUAUCACCUCAAACAAAACUAUUUUUGGAAUUCAAAGCCCAUUUUCGAUAUCUGUAUCAGAUGUUUCUAUUCCUACUUUACCUGAUUCAUAUUUAAUUGUAGUUGUUGUUGGAGACCCAACCGGCAAUCAAAAUAAUCCAUUAAAUGUUUAUGGCUGUGCAUUUGCGAACGUUAGUUCUGCAGAUAAUUCUUUCG